UCAGCCUCCAGCCUCUCCAUCCUUUGCUCCCGGUGUCUCCCGCUCAUCUACCGCGUAGCGACGUAGGCCUAUAUAAUUUACAUAUUUUUUUAUGUUCGGAGUGGAUGCUCGCAGGCUGAAAACCCACCCCCGCGUUUCUCUCCGGUGAAUUUCCUCCGGAAGACAACCGUCCGUUGAUUCGGUCCCUCCCUCCGCUCUCAGUCCGUGAGACGUGCCGCCUGGUCGGGGUGAUUAAGCAGGUGUAAGUUGUCAGCUCGUGCUGAUAUUAUCUAUUACACGCUCGCGCUCACACGCAGGUCCAGAUUUUUGGCCGUUUGGCGCAUCACAAGGUCACGGUGAUGGUGACGGCCGCACAUGCAGGCUGCAGGCAAUUUGCUCAUGGGCACUCGGGCUCCCAGUGCCCCCCUCCCCCCUGCUUGAUAAAUAGGAGGAAGUGACAACACUAGGGCGGUGAGUGGAACAAAACAUGGAAUUAAGUAACAACCAAGGGGGACCAAACAGAUCAAAGAUCUGUUGAAGACAUGAGCGCUCGCCGAUGGAGUCGUCUCUGAACGCAGUAGAGCUCCAUGAGCUGAGAGGAGGUAGGAGAGGCCUGUCCCCGACGCCGGCCUCGGCACCCUGGACCGGCCGAGGCUUCGAGAAUCCCUCCUACCAGCAGGACGUGGAGCUGGACCACCAGCAGGAAGAGCAGCAGAGAUCGGCCGUGUCACCCAACUGUCAGCCCUCAACGUCAAACAACAGCAAACAACCUGUUUCUCCUCAGUCUUAUGAUGAGGAGGGAGGAGGAGCAGGGGGAGGGGCAGGGCAGGAGGACGGCCAGGACUUUACAACAUUCAGCCCGGCUGACGACCACUCUGCGGACUACGGCUUCAUCCUGGCGCUGGUGUUCCUUGUGAGUGGGAUCGUUCUGGUGGUCAUCGCCUACACCAUCCCCAGGGAGGCUAAAGUGGACCCGGACUCUGUGUCUGCACGUCAGAUGGAGAAGCUGGAGAUGUACUAUGCUCAGCUGGGCUCCCACCUGGAUAAGUGCAUCAUCGCCGGGCUGGGUCUGCUGACCUUGGGAGGAAUGUUCCUGUCUGUGCUGCUCAUGGUGUCCAUCUGCCAGAGCGAGAUGUACCGGCGCAGGGCAGCAUUCGUUCGACCCAAGAGGACUUAUGGCUCCAUCAACUUGAGGUUGAAGCAACUGGCCACCGGGGAAGCUGGAGGAGGUGACGGUGGAGAUGGAGGUGAAGAGUUUUUGGUAGAACGUGCUGAGAUGCACAAUAACACACAUCCAGAGUCAAGCCACGACUCCAAAUCAGAACCAGGACCAAGCAGACAACUUCCUGCUGCUUCUACUUCAGCUGCUACUUGUGGAGUUUAACUCUACAACAACUCCUUCUGCAGAUGUGCUACUACCUUCAGUGAGCGCCCAGUUGGAUUAUGGGAGUCCACAGGUGCAGGUCCUCUGUGUGUGCCAACAGCAGAGGCACACCGUAAGCACUCAGCUGUCAAAUGGAGCGAUCCAGCUUCAUCCUAGUUGUGAUGAACUCGAUCCAAGCUUAAGGGAAAUUUAUUCUAACCAAUCAUGAUGGAUGUUUGACCUUAAAACAGAGGGCUUGAGCUAAGAGAAGAAGAGAGAGGUAAGCCUUUGGUGAUGAGGAUAAGAGCACAUAAAUGCAUAUUGAUGUUUGAAUCAUUAGCUCCUGAUAAUUUUGUCACAAAAAAGCACAUAAUUAAAAAAAAACAGCACUGCUGAAAGUUGAUGCUCAGAAGAUGCUCAACCUCAGAAGCAUCUGAAACAUCGAUCACAAGGUUCAUCCUAAUGCACACAUUUAACUGUGAAUAACCACCAAUCUACAACCCUUAGACAGGAAAUACAGCGUAAUUAUUCAACUAAGCUUUUUGGAAUGAAUGUGGCUCGAUUUCAUGUAAGUAAACAGCAGCAACUUUGUUUUAAGGCAGCAUUUAUGGCAACAAAAGAGAAUUAGUAAACAAGAAAUAACCUAAAAUGCUCUGAAACCUUAAUGGAACAAACUAAACCAGUUUGGAUCUGCAUUGAGCAACAUUUGUGACUCAGUUUUAGCUAAUUCUGUGGCUUCUUAAAUCCUGUAAAGUUUAGUUUCACUCAGAGGCCUUAAUGUAAUAUUUUAUUUGAUUAAGAUUUAAGUUGAAAUGUUUAAUUUAUACUGGCUUUUUUAUUAUUAUCUCUCUUUUAACUUCACUAUAUUUUUGCUUUUUGUCGUGAAGAGACUAAUGAGAGCUUUUCUCUGCAGGAGCAACACGUUUUUCCCAGAUGAUUAGCAUGGGUUAGUGGUGAGGGUUAGCAUGUUUCAGUUAAUUAUCAGUCAGAUGUAAAUUAUUAGCACAAACAUCACAAAUACAUUUUAAAUGCUAAAAGCUGCGAUUCAGAGCCAAACAACUGAAUUUCUAGCUUUUUUAUAAUGAAUUAAAAACAUUUCUUUUGGUUUCCUGUUUUUUAGCAGACAAUGUUGCUCAAAAAUGAUUGAUCUUUAAUUGUUGCUUAAUGCAGUUUUACAUUAGGCCAGUUCCAGUAAAAUAAAAGUAAACUCAAACAUUUAAUCUAUGUGGCGUCUAAAUCCUGACAACGUGGUAUUUACAGAGAUGUGUGAUUGAAGAGUACCGCAAUCUGAGAAAUUUGUCCCAAAAAGUCAUGUUUUUCUCUUUUCUUGCCAUUUUUCUUUGCUAGUAGUUCAGAGCCUUAACUAAACUGAUUUUAAUGCAAUUAAUGUUGCUGUUUUUUAAUAAAAACCAUCACAGAAUGACUGGAAGUAAACAUUCUCCAUGAGCCACAUCUUCCUCUUGGAGUCCAGGACCUUGGAAAAUGUCCUGAGUGGAGAUGUUGUAAUCAGUGGUGGAGGAAAUAUUUACACACAUAAUUAUUAAGAAGUCAAGUAAAUAAAUAUGAGAACAAGCAAAAUAGUUUUUUUAAUAAUUUAGUUAAUGCAUUUAUGUGUUUAUAAGAUUCUUAUUACACUCUUGUAGGUUGAUUUGGACAAAAGUUUCUUUGUUGUGAAAAUCAUGAAGAAAUAUUAAUGUCUACAGUUUUUUAAUCUCUGCAAAUUUCAAUAUAGUUUGGAUUAUUCUCACAUCCUUAUGGUGUUUUUUCUUUAGCAACCAAUUGUGCAAACUGUCCAUCAAUAACAAAAGCAACAAAUUCUCAUGUUUGAGAAGCAUUUGGUCUAAAAUAUUAGUCAUUUCAACUUUAUUGUUUAAAAAUAAAUAACAUACCUCAGAUGUCAGAUGAAUGUUGUGCAAGAAGCACUUUCCUUUGAAUUGAGCUGAAAUUCAACAGGCAGCACAACAUAGUGUCAGUCAAAAGUGAAUUUAAAUGCAGCAUUUUAGUGAAUGUAAAGAAAUCCCACCACUGAUUAUAAAAUAGAUGUUUGACAAAGAGCUAAAUAAGAUGACACCUUAAGGUGAUUUUUGGGUGCUUUGAUGUCCAAACAAGGUUUAUUUGGACUGAGAGCUGCAUUUGAAUGGAACAACCCUUAAAUAACUCACCGCCUGCGUCUCUGUUUUCUAUAUAAACUAAUGUUAUUUAUGUGAUAAUAUGCUUUAAUGAGUAAUCACACUGUAUAUUGUGUAUACACUAAUAAUAUUAUGCCCAAAUAUUCCAGUCUGUAUAUUGAGACAGUUAGCCGAGGGCCAUGUAGCCACACACACACACACACACACACACACACACACACACACACACACACACACACACACACACACACACACACACACACACACACACUCACACUCACACACAAACUAAUCAGUUCGCAGCUUGGUAACUGUGCACCUAUUUUUAAGUCCAACAUGCAGCGAUACACUCACUAAUCUGAAGUAUUUAUGACACAAACAUGGUUUUAACUAAAAGGUACAGACAUGGGUGAGCAACAGGCUCAGAAACCAAAAACUACACAGGGAUGCAAAACUGGACAAACCUCGUCUCAGCUGUGUAGCAACUGAACCGACACCAAAACCGGAUCAAACAAACCGCUGUGAGAGGCAGAAGAGCAAAAAGUGAAUGUUUUAAAAAAAGCAAAUAAAACUCAAAGGAGGACAAGAGUUUGUUGAUAUUUGCUCUUAAAGAUUCUCCAAACAUUUAAAAAUUUCUUAAUCAAAUCUAACUUCUAAAAUAAUAAAUUUUUGUGUACAAAUUAGGAAGUUUAACUUUUCCAGAACACGGCAUCUGAAUAAUCUUUGCUGUAUUUCGCAUAAAUUCUUUUAUUUUAAAGAUGUUAAAAACUCAUUUAAUCAGUACAUUUGCAGUGGUCUCUAGGAAUGAAGGCCUUGUAAGUCGUUCUCUGGGGGAAAGGCACUCGUGCAUCAUUUUCAGGACUUAGAAGUCAGCCACAUCACAGCUGAUCUUCAGACGGCAGGAUUUAAAGUCUUAUUUCCUGAUAUUUGGACAUCUCUCCUCUGAUUGGAUAACACCAACAUGACUCUGAUUGCUCUGCAACGUUGAUGUUUUAUCUCCACAAAUAACACAAGCCUGGAGGAGUUCUGUGUGGUGGAGUUGGUAAUGCUAAAAGUUAGCUUCUACUACCCGAGAUGCUCUCUGCUGUUUCCUGUAUGCUAAACCAACAACAGCCUUCCCCGUCGUGAGUCAGAUGGGUGAGUCCAUGAAUGUUAAGUGACAGUGUGAUGUAGAUCUGUCAGGAUUUUCUAAUCCUAGAGUUUCACCGUCUGUUUUCUAUCAGAAGCUAAUGCAGGAGAUACGUGUAGGAGACUAUUUUCAUUUUCAACCUGCAUGAAAAACUCAGAGUGACCCAUUAUAAUCAGAAAUAAUCAUUAACGCUGGUUUUUCAAUGUUCCACACCUUUAAAUCAAAGCCUACUGAAGACUGAGGGAUAAGCUGAAUCUACUGGGCGUUUAAUUCUCUCUGCUGCAGCAGGUUUGUCCAGACUCUUUUACUGUCAGAUUAAAUCCCUGCUACAGUUUGACUUUGCUGAAGUGUCACUGAGUAAGAAAAAUUCAGAUCUCUGGUUUAAAGGAGAAGAUGGCACCUGUAUGAGGAGGUUGUUAAAAAUUAUCGUCUUAUUGAUGGUCCUGACUCAACAUGUCCUAGAGUGAUCUAAAAGAAAGCAGAUCAUGCCUUUUGGGGCUUUUCUUAAAAUGAUCUUUUGAUAGAUGUUCACACAUACGUGGGAUUUAUUCCCCUUCAACAAGGUUGGGUUGAGGCAUUGAUUGAUGUGUGCAUUCAGCAGGAGGUCAAGAUUCAGGUAGUCGUGUCAGCGAGGUCGAGCAGAAGGACAAAGACAACGGAACUGGUGCAGAAGCUUUCUUUUGUCUUUGGGUGAGGCAGCAGGGCUGCUGGAUGACGUGAGGUGAUUCCUGAUUCACAGCUACGAGGCGCGGCGCCUCCAGACGACUCAUUUUAAUGACACACUCGGAUCGCGGUGCUCACCUCUCAGACAGAAUAACCAGACUGACACGACUCCGUUUAAGGUUUUAACAAGCGUGAAGAAGCUGCCUGCUGCUGCAGCAGCCUGCAGGUCGUCAUCAGUGACAGCAGGAACACAGCAGCUGAGAAGCCAAACAGCAAGGAAGGACGGUUUGGUGCUCAGACCUGGAAAAAAGGGGUCUUUUAGUUGAUGGAUAGAUGCAGUCAGACUGAGGGAGAAUUCUAAAGCUUCGUUUAGAGAGUCAGUGUUGAAAUCACCGACUUUAACUGCCAAUUACAGAAAUCAUCUCCAUCUCUACAUAAAUCCUCCAUAGUGUUGUUUUUGUGUAGAAAAACUGAGAUUAUGACAUAAUUAUCAGCCUAGUGUGCAGUCAUAAAUCUGUAACAAUGGAGGACCUUUCACUAAAAGUUUUGUGUCAUAAAGAGGUUUAGAAAAUGUGAGUUUAGAUGGUCAAGGUAAAGAAUUCCUUUUUUAAAGAUGAAUCUAUGUUCUCACUGCUUGCUUAUUAAUACAUUCAGUACUAGUUUAGUUCCUGUAAAAAUGCAAAGAAGUAGUUUGAGUUUAUAGUUUAAAUGCUUUCUGCUCCAUUUCUGAAGAGAGAAAAUGUGCUACUGAACACAAAAGCAGAUAUUUACAAUAACUUAGAGAAGAAGGCAGAACGAGGACGAUGCAGCAUGGUUACAUAAGAGCAAAACUGAGUUUGAAUGAGAAAAAACAAACAAGAGCACCUUGUUCAAAGACAGAAGAGUAAAUAAUCUUCUUUCUGUCUGCAGCACGGUGACUCUGUUACCACUGAGAGAGACUAUUUAUAUCAAGAACUUCUCAGAUGUCACAGAAAGUCCUUGUGGGGACAGAAGAGAGAGACGAUGCUUCAAAGUCUCCUCAAACCUUUGGUCUCUGAGCCUCUAAGGGAGUAAAUGGAUCUCUGUUAUGAUGAGAUUAAAAUGUUAGGGGUUUAAUAAAGAUGCCCUGAAUUUAAUCUAGUCGACCUGUUUAUGUCUCGGCCAUCAUUGUGAUCAUCUAUUAGUUUAAUCAGUUGGUUUAAAAAUAAACAAAUCUCAACACGAGGAUGAAAGUGUCUCUUUGAGACUUCUUAUGAAAUAACAUCACAAAUUAAAUAAACCUUAACACUCACUGGCCACUUUAAUAGGUACACCUUCCUAGUGCAGGGUUAGACAUAGAUCAACCAAGGUUCUGGAAGCCUUCCUCUGAGGUUCUGGUCCAUUCUGGUAUGACAGCAUCAGCUCCAUCCAUGAUUACAAGCUCCCAUUCCACCAAAUCCCAGAGAUUCUGGGCUGGACUGAGAUCUGGUGACUGUGGAAGCCGUUGCUGUCCAGUGAACUCAUAGUCAUGUUCUAGAAGCCAUUUAGAGAUUAUCUGAGCUUUGUGACAUAGUGCAUGAUCCUGCUGGAAGUAGCCAUCGCAAGAUGGGCCAUGUGGUCAUAAAGAGAUCAACAUGGUCAGAAACAAUACCCAGGUAGGCUGUGGUGUUGAAACCAGGCUCAGGUGGUACUGAGGGGUUCAAAGUGGGAUGAAAAUAAUACCAUUGCAACAGCAGAAACCUGAUGUGUUGAUACAAGGCAGGAAGGAUCCAUGCUUUCUUGUUGGUGACACCUAAUUCUGACUGACAGCUGAAAUCCAGUCUCAUCAGACCAGGAAAGAAUUUUCCAGUCUCUUCUGGUCCCGUUCUGGUGAUCCUGUGUGAAUUAUAACCUCAGUUUCCUGUUCUUAGCUGAUAGAAGAGACACCUGUGUGGUCUUCUGCCCGAGUCCAUCUAGAGCAGCUGGUGUGGUUCUGCAGACCUUGGUAGGAACCAGUGGUUAUUUGAGCUGCUGUCAUUCUGUCAUCUAGUCUGACCGUUCUCUAUAAACCCUAGAAAUGGUUGUUAGUUAGAUUCCCAGUAGAUUAGCAGACUGGUAACAACAAUCAUACCAUGUUCAAAGUGACUCCAGUCAUAUCUAUUCCUCAUUCUGAUGCUCGAUUGGACCUUCAGCAGGCCGUCUAGAUGACUAAAAGCUGCCAUCUGAUUGGCUGAUUAGAGAUUAAUAAAUUAUCAAAAAGUUGUACCUAAUAAAGUGGCAAGCAAGUGUUUGCUUUUUGGUGAAUUAGCACUUUUAAAGUUAUGUUGAACAUAAACAAAUAUAACAUUUUGUUUGUUUUAGAUUUAAAAAAUCAUGCUACAAAUGAGAUCUAAGAAAAUAAUGUUUUACAGUGAUUUAACUAAUUCAAUUACCUUCAAGUUUCAAAACUUGUAUUGAAAUAUUAAAUUGUUUCAGAUUUUCUGUUUGAAAGUGUUCAUAUUUAAAUUUUUACGGUUGAAAUAUCUGAUAAAAAUGUUCUUUCAGUAAUUAGAACAGCUGCAGAUUAGUUGCAGUUUCUGCAGCUGCUGCUGCAGAUUAAAUUUUUUUUCCGCUGCAGAAACCACUUCCACUGAGGUCAAAGGUGAACCAAACCACAGCUGCUUUGGAUUCAGUGUGACGCUCAAGGACACUUCAGCAGGCCGUGGCUUUCUGACCCUGAAUUUGGUUUCAUUAUUCUUUACCCUUCCCGCUGUGUCAGAGAAAUCAAUUUAAGGUCACAUGGCAACAAGGAAACAAAUAAUUUACAGCUGGGUUCACACAAGGAGCUUCUGGAUGUUUUCUUUCACGUACCGGACCCAAACCUGCAGUCGUAGCACGCAGCGGUUACAUUUUCCUCAGAGACUCUAUGAAUGUAUGGAUGGAUGUGUUGCAGUAGGGAGCAUCACAGCGUGGUCACACACACCAUCACAGUACAUCUGUCACAUGAUGCCAGUGCAGUCACCAUGGAAACGCUUGUGUACACCUAAAGUCUUGUCUUUUUCUGUCCAUGAAGGGUUUAUGUAAAUUAAUUGAGAUGAGAAUUUUCACCAAGAUGGGGUGGUUUAUUUUAAACACAUUCAGACAUGAAAAUCUGCUUGUUUAAAAGUAAAAACCUUUGAUUUUUCUUUGAAUUUCUUCUAAAAAUGCUUCAGACUCAGUGGCUAAAGGUUUUCAGCCUUCAAAAUAAAAGCAUCAGUACAUCAACAGGUGCCCUGAGAUAUCCUGUUUCAUCACUGGAGGAAUUAACAGGUUUAACAUAAAAAUAUCAAACGUCAUUUAAAUGAAAUCUCUACAAACUGUAUAACAUAUUAGUCAGCCUUUCUACAUAAUCACGUGUCUGUUUAAUAAAACAUGUUUUGUUCUUGCAGUCACUUCAUGAUGUUAAAAAUAUAUUUAGGAAAAAAUACGACACAAACAUUUUUAGUCAAAUAAUUAAUAAGAUGAUAAAAUAAAAUGUCUACUAUUUAUUUCUAAUUAUUAGUAUUUAAACAAGGAUUUACUCUCUAGAAAACUAUUUACAAAUCAUAUUUCAUUUUUCUGUUGAGGAUAUGUAACUAAGAAAAAGAUCUUAUAUCAGUUUCAGAGCUAAUUGUAUAAUCAUAUUUAAAAUGUUUGUCUUUUGUUUUAAAGAGACCAACAUUGUUUUAUUUUUUAUUAUUUAACAGUAAAGGUCAGAGGUUAUAUCUUCAAAUGUUCUUAUUUUUAAUCACUUGCCAAACUGAUUCAUAUUUAUUUAAAUCACUACAGGAAGAGAGAAAUGCAAAAACCUGUUGCUGGGCAUUUAUGUUGUUCGUUUUCUGGAAAUUCUACAAAGUUUAAUCAUGUUUCUUUACAGAACUGAGGUGUAAACUCUUUUUCUGAUUCAUACAAGAAUUCCCUCAAUAUUUAAGAUAUUUCAUCACUUCUGCAACUCAUCUUAAAUGUUGGAGGAACAUUUAUUAAAGCUGUUUUUCUAAACAGCAUUAUUGGUUUAAUUACAGAUGUUAACACUGAAUAAAUGUCGGUCAGCUGUAAAGAAAAGCACAGUGAGAUGUUUUAUUGAAAAACGCUUGUAACAUGAAACAACUUUACAUUAUUUUUUAAAUCAACAAGUUGUGCUGAUUAUUUAAACCCACAUAUAAAAGAUGCUGCUGUGUUGGUUUUCAGGACUGAAUCUGCAUGUAAUCCGUGUGACGUUAUGAAGGUCUGAUGCCUUGUUGUUGUACAAAUUGAUGAGCUGUACUCUGUGUAGCCAUGAUGCUGAUUUUUACAUGCGAUUCUGUUUAUGUGAUCAAUAAAGUUUCUGUUUUGCUGUUUUUA